AUGAGCCAACCGCGAUCGGACAAGGACGAGGCCAUUGGAUCCUCUUGUUUAUUUGAGAUGUGCCUUUUAAGCUCCAGGUAUCCACGCCAUUGCUUCAGGUUCACAGUGCAGUGGACAUAUGUUGGCUUACUUGUAUCUUUUGUACGAGGAUACGCGGAUUCGGCAUCCUCUUCUUUUUUUUUCUUGCACACUUUUAGUGACCGAGGAGUCUGGGGGAUGCAUAGGCAGCUCGCUGGCUUAGUGUUGCUAGAUCCCGGUUAUAUAGUGAAGGAGCUUACAUUCCUCUACACGGCGGCGGCGGCGGCGGUGGCGGCGGCGGCCGACCGACCGACCGACCGAGUCCCAAAAGUAGGCUACAAGGGCUUCGCCGGGGACCCGAAGGGACUCACCUCCCCGAAGCCCCAAUAA